GAGACAAAAACACCGAUGGCUCCCUACUACAUCAGGAGAUACCAAGACCGUGACUGGGAGCCUGUCAGGGAAUUAUUCUCUAAGGGAAUGCUGGGGAAUACGCCUUCUGACUUCUGGCCUUUGCUGAAGAAGCCAAGAACAUUCCUGGUGCUCCUGGGGGUGCCCUUUUCCCUGUUCUUGGGCUCUGGCUCCCUCAUCCUGUGUCUUCUGUCUUUAUUUGGCCUCUUAGCUGGCCAGUGGUUGACUUUUAGGCAUUGUAUAAUACAGUAUGUACACGAUUCCUUGAAUGCUGACCUGUUGGAUAUCCAGAAAUCCUACCUGAGUGGGAGAGGCUCCAGUUUUUGGGUGGCAGAGUGUGAAGUAGUGGGUAUCAUGGGUGCCCGUCCAGCAAUGAGGCCAGUAGGAGGAGGGAAUUAUGUAGAAUUGCUCCGCUUGUCUGUGAAGAGGAAUUAUCGAGGCAAAGGGAUGGCUAGGACCUUGGUCCAGACUUUGCUCUGGUUUGCCCAGGAUCAGGGGUAUGAUGGAGUAGUCCUCACGACUAGCAAGUCCAAUCACCCAGCUCAACGCCUUUAUGAGAGUCUUGGCUUCUGGAAAUCCCGUGAAUCACGGUAUGACUUGAACUGGUGGCUAGGUUUCCUCCCACUUUCGCAUUACCAAUGUGAUUUUUCCUCCCAGAAAUGACUGUCCCCUGCCCCAACCCUUUCAUGUCUCUCA